CUUUUUUUUUUUUUUACUCUGCCCUUAACAAGUUUAAGUGGCUGACGUUCUACAAGUACAAGCUUUUAUCCGAGGAAACAAAGCAGGAGAAGACUACAAAACCCUCAGUGAUCCUGCCCCAGCAGGGGGAUUGGACGAGGUGAUCUUUGGAGGUCCCUUCCAAUUCCUGACAUUCUGUGAUUCUGUGCAAACUUGGUUCACGGUAGUACUUUUGCUGCUGGGAAAUAGGAGCGCUGAUCUUUGGGUUAAUGCUGAAAACCCACCUACGGCUGUGGUUGGGAAAUUGGUUCACUUGCUCGAUCGGACCCAGAUUUUCAGGAGGAGCUGGAGCUAAUGAAACUGUGUGAGGAAGCUGUGACCUUGAUCCGAUCUAAUCAACAGCUUGAAAAUGACCUCAAUCUCAUGGACCUCAAGAUUGGACUGCUAGUGAAGAACAGAAUGACACUGCAGGAUGUUGUUUCUCAUAGCAAAAAUCUUAGCAAGGAGAACAAGGAACAGCUCUGUGACGUGAUGACGCUGAACGAGCAAAAGGGAGGUUUGAAAGCUUUGAGCAAAGAGGAGAGGGAAAAGCUGGAAGCCUAUCAGCAUCUUUUCUACUUGAGACUACUCCAACGUACUUGGCCAAGCUGCUUUUGCAGAUGCCUCAAAACAAACCCACAGAGUUCAUGGAUUCAGCCAUCUUCACGCUGCAUAACUACGCAUCCAGUCAGAGAGAGGAAUCUCUGCUGUUGCGGCUGUUGCAAACAGCAUUGCAGGAAGAGAUCAAGUACGUUAUGCGCUCUUUCAACCGUGGUGCCCGUGGUCAGAACGCACUGAGGCAGAUCUUGGCCCCAGUUGUGAAGGAAAUAAUUGAGGACGAAUCGCUCAACGUCAGAACGGAUCCAGUGGAUAUUUACAAGUGCUGGGUUAACCAGAUGGGAUCUCAGAAUGGUGAGGCCGGUUACGGGAUGCGUUUCAUCGCCAAGGUACUGAAAGACUCCCGGCAUGACAAGUUUCCUGAUGCUGGCGAGGAUGAGCUUCUGAAGGAAGAAAAGCUUGAUGUCUGUGCCAAGGGAGACGUACACCGCACUUGCGCUGCCUGGACGAUGUGGAAACUGGAAAUUGUGGGGUGUGCUGAAGCAUGCCCUCUCAGGCGACAUCUGCACUCUGCUCAGUCCAAGGAGAAAUCCCUGCCCGCAGAUGCAAUGACACAGCGUGGCUCCCAACCUCAUUUUUCAUUGCUUACUCUUAUGGUAGCUGCCAUCCAUGUCCACCCUGCAUAUUCUUAGAGCUCUUCUGGAGUCCAUGGGGCAGACUUAUGGUUGAACUAAAGGGAAUUUUUUUAUAAUGCUCUAGC